AUGAGCCGCUACCCGCCACUGUCACUGCCGCCGGUGCCGCCGCCAAUGCCUCCGCCGCUGCUGCUGCCGCCGGUGCCUAUAACGGACCUGGAUAAGCUGCAGGAUUUGUCUGACAUGUGGCUAUUGGAAUUCAACCUCAGCAAAUGCAAGUUUUUACAAAAAGCUUCACCUGCAGCAGAGGUAGUGCAGGUUUUGAGAUUUGUCUUCAGUUCAUUCUUAUCUCAUCUUCAAGUUGACUCAGAUGCCUUUAGUCUUCUUCAUGUUGCUCUACCUUGCCUGAAGACUGCCUUUGAUAACUUCUUGCAAGAGUGUGGAAGAGAAGCCAGGACAAACAUAGAUAGAAUUAUUGAGAUACUUCAGCAAUGCAAUGUGGUGGCAGAAUGUUUUGAAGUAGCACUGCAGUUUGUGCUACAAGCAGAGAGUGUUGCUCUGGAGGAUAUAAACACAUUACCCACUGCUCUACUAGAUACUGUCAACCUCUCUCUAUCCCACUGCAGAGACAGAUGGAUUAAUGAAAAUGUUAACAAUAAUGUAACUCAGUGGUACCUCGGGAUACGAAUUUACAGUAUGUGUGAACAGUUGUGUGUAAUAGCAUCUUGCUUGUCACACUUGUCUGAAAUUCGUGGUUGUAUAGUGAUGUGGCGAGCAUAUGCAAGUUUGAUCCAACAUCAUCAUGGAGAAUUACUUACUCGUUUAGACAUCUCUGUUCCACUGGAUGCCUUAGUAAAAGAGAUCAGAGAUGGUCUCUGUCUUUUAGCAUCUAUACCUAUUAAUAAUAUCACAAAGAAUGAGAAAGACCUGAAAGUUGUUCAGCGAAUUAUCAAGAUGACGUGUUUUUGUUUGAAAGUGAUCGUUGCCUUGUGUGACAAGUUUCGAGGAUACCUGAGAGGUGCACACUCAUUGUUGGUUGAACUGCUGAUGCUUUUGUUCAGGUUUUCUCCUAACAACAUCACACUGCAAAUAUACCCUGACAACAUCAAAACUGAUAUAGAACAGCAAGUAAUGACAGGUAUUGAACCACUUCUGUUGCACCUCAGAGAUGAUGAAGAAUUUAUUAAGCGAGUGCUGGAGAAGGAGCAAGAUGAAACUGAGACACAAGCAGAGGAGUGGGGAAGCUACCUACUUUUAUUAGUAGCACUGUGUCUGCCUCCUAGCACUGUAAUUACUUUGCACAUAGACUUACUUAUCACAAAGAUCUUUCAAACUGUGGAGAAAAGUCAUACAAGCCUCUCAUUGCCAUGUAUGAUGAAUGAUGUGAUGUAUGGAGGGCGGCCUCAGAGCAAAGUUACUUUAUACGAACAUGUGCUGAUUCACACUUGUGCUUUGGUGGCCACAUUGGAAGCUCAGCAUUUUGAAGCCUUGGAACAAGUUCUUGUCAAGUGGUUGUUAAGUGGACAACCUUGGCCAGCACUUCUGGCUAUAGAUGUCUGGUGCUUUGUUGCAAGAUUUGGUACCAGUGAACUAUGCAGAAUUCAUUGUACAUUGUUGAUGGAUGUGUUGCCACACACCCCUCCAUUCUCUCAGCAGCACCUUAUGACUGCUUCUCUCCUCUCACGGCUCAUUCCGAAGCUUGCUCCUCAUCAUAAGCAAGAAAUCAUGAACACAGGACUUAGCUUCCUAAUUAGGUCGACCUUGUCGCUUGUUAACAUAGAGGAUGGUAAUCAUGAUGCACAUCUGCUAGAAGAUAAUAUUAAAACAUGCAUGAACAACAUGAAUUUAGUUCUAGCAAAAACAACCACAGAAGAAACUGUAUUGAACCUUCUGGAUGAAAUGAAGUAUGUGGGUACAUUGAUGUUAGUGCUCAGAGAGAUGGAUCAUGCAGACAUACUUCUCAUGACAAGCUUUUGCAAUGUUCUUGUGCAGCUCUGGACAAGAAUACCAGAAGAUUAUGUUGGGUUCUCAUAUGUGGACAUAAUGUUUGUCAUCUGUUGAAAGCUACUACCCC